GCGAGAGGAAACACGCACACUCUCUCUCUCUGUUUCUGUCUCUGUCUCUGUCUCUCCGCCCAUAAAAGUCGAAAUGCAGAUUCCCCAAAGCAUUUGGUAGCCGAGAGAGAGACGGCUCUGAGUUCUCAGUGAUCUCUAAACGCCGAGAGGAAUUUCAAUUCAAUUAACAACAUGUUCUGCGCAUCCCAAGCCGCAACGGCCAUAACCCUAACCAUGGAAGGAGCCCCUUCUUCUUCUUCCCCUUCCUCUUCUUCCUCCGCCUUGGCCUCCUCCUCUUCCACCGCCCAUCUCGGCAGCGGCAGCCGCGCCAUCGACCGCCACAAUCCCAUCAUCCGCGACGCCCGCCGCCUCGCCAGAUCCCUCCCCCGCCCUCCGCCCUGCGCCUCCCAGACGCCGCCCGUCGACCCAGUGCCCUACAGCCUCCUCCGUCAGAAGGGCAGCGCCACGGGCUCUCCGGUCCAGUCAAAUAAUAAUGAUAGUAGGGCGGCGAAGAAGAAGAAGAACAAGGAGAGCAGUGCGGCGGCUAAGCCAAGCGAGAGUGAUGGUAAUGGCGGUGCCGGUGCGAGGAAGAGUGUCCUGGCCAAUAAGGCUGGAGAUUUCAGUAGCCCAGCGGCUUCGACUAGGUAUUUGUUGGGAACGGAGACGGCUUUCUUGGACGUGUUAACGGAUUUUGGCCCAUCUUUGGCGUUAAAUUCAGUGGAUAAUUCCAAGUUGAAGAAAGAUGAUUCUUCUUCUGUUUCAGAUUCAAAACCGCCACCGUCCUCUCGCUCUCAAGACCAGGUCGUUGUUCUGAGGGUCUCUCUCCACUGCAAGGGUUGCGAGGGCAAAAUCAGGAAACACCUCUCUAGAAUGCAAGGGGUGACAUCCUUCAGCAUAGACUCGGUGGCGAAGAAGGUGACAGUGGUGGGAGAUGUCACACCUCUGGGAGUACUUGCAAGCAUAUCGAAGGUGAAGACUGCAAAGCUGUGGACGCCUGCCCCCUCCUCAGCCUCAGAAACCAAGAAAAGCAAAGCACUUGCUGCUGCAUGAUGAUGAUUCAUUCAUUCAAACUGGCUGAGGUGGUGUGGUGUGAGAUGAAAAACUCAACUGCUGUUUAAUCUGUCUUGAUUCUUUCUGAUAUGUAAAGAAAAUUGAUGUAUGUAUGAUGGAGAUGGGCAUGGCUUGCACUGUUUUGAUUGUAGAAAUCAGGCGGCCCUCACUUGACACUUGUUUAUUGGAAACUGCAAAUGCCCGACAUGUCAUAUUCAGAAACUUCUAAAUAUAGCCAUAUAUAUUCCUCUUUUCUA